AUGGGUAGCAUUGGUAGUUCUUCACCACCCCAUGUAGUGAUUUUUCCAUACAUGGCUCAAGGCCACACUAUUCCAUUGCUAGACUUGUCCAAGGCAUUAGCCCAACGUAGCCUAAAAGUAACAAUCAUUACCACCCCAGCAAAUGCUCCAUUUAUCCUUUCCAAAACCUCUAUCCACCCAACAAUCUCUUUGUCCAUAAUCCCUUUUCCAAAAGUUCAAGAAUUGCCGGAAGAUGUCCUUAAAGAGAUGUGUAAUUCUGAUAGGACUAAUCCCAUCUGUGUUAUUUCGGACAUGUUUCUACCUUGGACACUUGAUUCAUGUCGCAGGUUCGAUAUUCCUAGGAUUGUUUGUAGUGGAAUGGGUGUGUUACCUACAGUUCUUGUAAGAACUGUCUCAUCCCAUGUUCCAUGUAUGUCUAGUUUGUCCUGUUCUGAGCCCAUAAAUUUUCCAUCAGUUCCAUUUCCAUUAUACAAACUUGACUUCCCCGAGCUAGUUUGGCGUGGGAAUGAGAAGGAUCCAAUGCUGCCAAUUAUUGCAGAGCUUGGACAGGCAGAUUACGGUAGUUGGGGUCAUAUAGUUAACAGUUUUGAAGAGCUUGAAGGAGACCAUGUUGCGGCCUUUGAAUCUCUAAAUCAAAAGGAGUCCAAAGCAUGGCUUGUAGGCCCACUUCUACUUCAUGAUCGUAAGCCAGAUUUGAUGAGUUCAGGGUCCCAAAAUGGUCAAAAGCAAUACAUCAAGUGGCUGGACCAGCAAUUGGGGAUGGGUUCAGGUAAUGUGAUCUAUGUGGCAUUUGGUUCACAAUCACAUAUGACAGAUAUACAGGUGGAGGAGAUUGCACUUGGAUUGGAGAAGGCAGGACAACUGUUCAUUUGGGUGGUCAGAUCAAGAACGUGGAUCCCACCAGUUGGGUGGGAGGAAAGGGUCAAGGAUAGAGGGUUGGUCAUACGUGAUUGGGUAGACCAGAGGGGUAUCCUAGCACACCCAGCAAUUGGUGGGUUCUUGACGCAUUGCGGUUGGAAUUCGGUGCUGGAGGGCUUGUCCAUGGGUGUGCCACUCUUGUGUUGGCCCAUGCGAGCAGAGCAAGGAUUGAACGCUAGGUACAUGGCAAUGGGGCUAAAAGCAGGGCUCAUGGUCCCUCAACAACGUGAUGUAAAAGAUGACCCUAUGACCGUUGAACAUAAUGUGACUUGUGAUGUUGUGAAGGAGUUGAUGCAAGGUGACCAAGGGAGGAAGGCCAGGGAAAGGGCACAAGAGUUUGGGAGAAAGGCAAGGCAAGCUGUGGAAAAAGGUGGAUCAUCUGAUAAGAAAUUGGAUGAACUAAUUGAAUCCCUCACUCUUAAGACCAAACAAUUCUAG